AUGGCUGCAGGAGAGCCCUUUCUCGCAGGGUUGCUUCAGGUUCUGCUUGGCAGAUUGGCAUCUGAUGAAUUGUUGGACUUUCCAUUGCAUGGGGUUGUUCAGGAAAAGCUGAAGUGGAGGAAAAUGUUGUCAACAAUUCAGGAUGUGCUUAAAGAUGCAGAAACCAAGCAACUAACCAAUGGAGCUGCCAAGAUGUGGAUGUCUGAUCUCAGAGAUUUGCUUUAUGACGCGGAAGAUAUACUGGAUGAAGUUGCCACAGAAGCUCUACGAUGCAAGCUGAUGGCAGGACGUCAGGCUACCACUCGUGAGGUGCAUGAUCAAGUUCCAACUCAAUCCACUUUUUUGAAUGCAAUAGCUGUUCAAUUUACUGUUAGUACUGGGUCCAGGAUAGAUUCUAUCACUACCCGGUUAGAGCAAAUCUCAAACCGUAGAACUAUUCUCGGAUUAGAAAAGAUUUUUGGAGGAAUGUCUUCUAAUGCACAAAAGAAGCCAUUGACUUCAUGUUUUCCUACACAAUUUAGUGUUUAUGGCAGAGAUGAAGAUAAAAAGAAGAUGGUUGAAUUGGUAUUAAGGGACAGAUCAAGUGGUGGUGAUUUUUCUGUAAUACCCAUCGUAGGCAUGGCUGGGGUUGGUAAGACAACACUUGCUCGGCUUAUUUACAAUGAUGAAGCGUUGAAAGAUUUUGAUAGAAAACUGUGGCUUGAUGCAUCAGAUAAUGACUUUGAUGUAGCAAAGGAAGCUCUGUUGAAUAUAUGUAACUGUUCUUGGGACUUGGAAGGGUUCUAUACUUUACUUAGACUAAGAGAGGAGUUAUCUCAAAAACGAUUCUUUCUUCUUCUAGACAAUGUCCACAGAGAGAAUAUUGCUGGUCAGUGGGAAAGCCUGAAGUUUGCAUUAAUGGCUGGAGCACCAGGAAGUAAGGUCCUUGUGACUACAAGAGACAGAAAUGUUGCUGUAAUAAUGGGAGCCACUGAUUAUGUGAAGUUGAAUCCUCUAACAGACAAUGAUUGUUGGUCUGUGUUUGUGGAUCAUGCACUUCCAAACAGAGACUUUGAAACAAGUCGAAAUUUGGAUUUGGUUCGCCACAAAGUUGUUGAAAAAUGCAAAGGCUCACCAUUGGCAGCUAGGAUUCUUGGUGGCCUUUUAUAUUGUAAAGAAAGAGAUGAAUGGGAGAAUGUACUGAAUGGAAACAUAUGGAGUCUAUAUGGUGAGGAAAAUGAUAUACGCCCAGUGUUAAGAUUGAGCUACCACUAUCUGCCUUCACAUUUGAAACGGUGCUUUGCUUACAGUUCUUUACUGAAGCACUAUGAAUUUGAAGAUAUAGAGUUGAUCCUGUUAUGGAUGGCUGAAGAAUGGGCUGCACGAGACCUGUGUUUUAGAUUGCAGUGCAAGUUAGAUGAUGAUAAGCAAUCCAAGGUAUCCAAAAGUGCUCGCCAUUCUGCUUAUCUUCGUGGCAGACAUGACAACCACAAAAGAAUUGAAGAACUUUACAGUGUUGAGUGGUUAAGGACCUUUCUUCCACUACAAGGGAAACCAAAUCUUGACAAGGGCUACCUGACUAGUAAAGCUCUUGAUUUACUUCCCAAGUUAAGAUGCCUAAGGGUGCUAUCUUUAAGUGGAUAUUACAUUAGAUUUCUUCCGGAAUCAAUUGGUGAUCUGAAACAUCUAAGGUACCUUAACCUUUCUUAUACUACAAUUAGAAACUUACCUGAAUCAACAAGUAAUCUCUUGAAUCUACAGACAUUGAUAUUGAAAAGUUGUUCCUAUAUUAAGAAGUGGCCUGCAAAUAUGUACAAGCUAAUCAACCUGCAAUAUCUAGAUGUCACUAAUGUGAAUUCAAUAGAAGAGAUGCCAAUGGGAAUGAAGGAAUUGAAAAAUCUCUGUAUGUUGCCUGCAUUCGUAGUGGGAAAAAAUGUUGGGUCAGGAAUAGGAGAUUUAAAGAAAUUGAAGUUGAUUCAAGAGUCCUUCAGUAUUAAGAGGUUGGAAAAUGUGGUUGAUUCUCAGGAAGCAUCAAAUGCUGGGUUAAAAGAUAUGAGCUUAAAGAUCUUGUCACUGAAAUGGAGCUUUAAAUUUGAUAAUUCAAGAGAUGAAACUGUUGAAACUGAUGUAAUAGAGAAGCUACAACCUUCUACCAAGUUGGAAAAGCUCAGCAUUGAGUGUUAUGGUGGCACAAAAUUUCCUAAAUGGCUCGGAGAUUCUUCGUUCUCACAUAUGGUGCACCUGCAGUUAGAUAAUUGUGAGAGGUGCAUAUCUUUUCCUCCACUAGGGCAAUUGCCAUCACUCAAGGACUUGUGUAUCAGAAGAUUGUCUGCUGUCAAGGGUCUUGGCCCAGAGUUUUACGGGAAAGCUGUCUUAGAGCCUUUUCCAGCACUUGAGACUUUAGAGUUUGAAGAUAUGCAAGAGUGGAAGGAUUGGAGGUUUUCUUCCAAUGUUGCUAACACCGAGUUUCCUCGCCUGUGCGAGCUCACAAUCAGCAAUUGCCCCAAGUUAUCUGGAAAACUACCCAGCUAUCUACCAUCUUUAGAAAAGCUUGUCAUUCGUCAGUGUGAGCAGUUAGUAGUUACAAUUCCUAGCCUCCCAAUGCUUAGUGAAUUGAAGAUAGAGGGCUGCAAAGAAGUGGUGCAAACCAGCACAGUUGACUUCAGCACACUGGACUUGAUGCAACUUUCAAACAUUCCUAAGUUGACAUGCCUAACAGAGGGCUUCAUGCAAGGGUUGAAAAAGGUAAAUAAUUUAAAGCUCAGUCUUUGUAAGGAUCUGAUGUCUCUGUGGAGCCUCAAUUUUGUACGCUAUUUAGAAAUUAGUAGUUUUUCACCACUCAUUUCCUUGGAGACAGAGGAGGAUGCAAACAAGAAGCUACAAUUGGGGAUCCCUUUCAGUGUUGAAUGUUUAACUUUGAAUUGUUGUGAAAGGUUUGAGAAGUUGCGAAAAGCCUUCCCCGACAUUGCUUGUCUUAGAGAGCUAUACAUUACAUGGUACAAGGGACGUGUUUUAUUUAGGGAGUCCAUUUUGCCUCCAAGUCUUAGAAAAUUAGCAAUCAAAGAUUGUUUUGGCUUACAGUGUUUGCUAGAUGAGGAAGAGAAUAUCAACACCAGAAACACAUGUCUUCUUAAAGAGUUAAUUAUUAAAUCAUGUCCGUUGCUUACAUGCUUGUCAGCCAGAGGGGAGUUACCUGUUACACUUCAAUACCUCAAGGUUUCACUUUGCACAAGACUGAAAGAGGUAACAUCCGGGGGAAAGUUACCAUCUGCACUUAAGCACCUUGAUAUUUAUGGUUGCACAGAGUUGGAGUCAAUAUCCAAAAGGUUCCAGAAGGAUUCAUCUCUUGAAUACAUUUCAAUAUUGGAUUGUGGAAAUCUUAAAUCACUACCUGAGUGUCUAUACAACCUCAAUAAUCUGAAAAUAUUUUAUAUAGGUAGUGCCUGGACUUUUGUUUCCUUUCCAGAGGGAGGGUUCCCCGCUGCCAACCUGAUAUUGCUAUGGAUCAGCUGCUGUCACAAACUUGAGACCCUGCCCAACUGCUUCCACAACCUUACCUCUCUUCAACGCUUGGUUAUAGGUGGUUGUCCCAGCAUCACAUCCUUCCCAGACAAAGGUUUUCCUCCCAAUCUGACAUCAGUUGAAAUCACAGGUCCCGAAAUAUGUAAGCCAUUAUUUCACUGGGGAUUGCACAAGCUCAAGUCUCUAAAAGAACUCAUCAUUAGUGGAUGUCAAGAUGUUGAGUCAUUUCCACAAGAAGAGAUAGGAAUGAAGCUGCCUACUUCUCUAACUAGGCUGGACAUUGAAGAUUUCCCAAACUUGAGAUACCUAUCCUCCAGGGGCUUCAGAUACCUCAACUCUCUGGCAAGUUUGAGUAUUUCAGACUGCCCAAAGCUCACAUCUCUGCCUAAAGAUGGUCUACCACCCUCACUUUUGGUACUAUGUAUCCGUAAUUGUCCUCUGCUAGAGCAACACUGCAACAGAAAUAAAGGACUAGAACGGUUCAAGAUAGCACACAUUCCUCAUGUUAAUAUAGGUUAUAGAUUUAUUCAUGAUCAUGAACAAGAGUGGAAAUGA